AUGACCAACUCCUUCAAAGAAAAAUUAGGACAGGGGGGAUAUGGUAGCGUGUACAAAGGAAAAUUAAACAACGGCUGUCUCGUAGCAGUGAAGGUCUUGAACAAAUUAAAAGGGAACGGAGAAGAAUUUAUGAAUGAGGUGGCAGCCACUAGUAGAACUUCCCAUGUCAACAUAGUAAGCUUGUUGGGAUAUUGUUUUGAGGGUUCAAAAAGAGCUCUCAUCUAUGAAUUCAUGCCUAAUGGAUCUCUUGAGAAGCUCAUAUUUGAUGCAGAUACCCCCAAGGGAGAUCAUGAUCAUCACUUGGGAUGGGAAGCAUUGGAUGAAAUUUCACUCGGCAUUGCUCGAGGAUUGGAGUAUUUACAUCGGGGUUGCAACACAAGAAUUCUGCAUUUUGACAUCAAGCCUCAUAACAUUCUUCUUGAUGAAAAUUUCACACCAAAAAUCUCUGAUUUCGGCCUUGCUAAGAUAUGCAACAGGAAAGAGAGUAUUGUGUCAAUGUUGGGUGCCAGAGGCACUGCUGGUUACAUUGCUCCAGAAGUAUUCUGUAGGAAUUUUGGAGGGGUCUCACACAAGUCAGAUGUAUAUAGCUAUGGGAUGAUGCUUUCGGAGAUGGUUGGGGGGAGAAGGAACAUCAAUGCCGAAGCUGAAGAUACAAGUGAAAUAUAUUUUCCACACUGGAUUUACAAGCGUAUUGAACUUGAUGAAGAACUUGGUCUGCCGAGUAUCGUGAAUGAGGAAGACAAAUUAAGAGCGAGGAAGAUGAUAAUAGUGAGCUUGUGGUGCAUACAAACAGACCCUUCAAACAGGCCAGCGAUGAAACAAGUGAUAGAUAUGUUGGAAGGCAGUGUUGAUUGCUUGCAGAUUCCACCCAAGCCUUACCUGUCUUCUCCACCAAAAUCGACGGCAGAUUCUUCUACUACGUUAGUAUCAAUACAGUAG